AUGGAUGGCAAAUUAAAUAUAACAUAUAUCACUCUUGAUGGGUAUGUAGAUGUGGACAAGUACAGAUAUCUUUAUUUUGUUAUCAUGUUUAUGUCAUUUAUUCUCAUAAUUUGCUUUAAUUCUACGAUUGUGUGGAUCAUAGCGAUUCAUAAAAACCUCCAUGAGCCUAUGUACAUUUUCAUUGCAGCUUUGUUAAUCAACUCUGCUCUUUUCAGCAUUGUGAUCUACCCAAAGCUUCUGAUUAACAUAUUAUCAGAAAAACAGGUCAUAACUUACCAAGCCUGUCUCUUUCAGUGGUUUGUAAAUUACUCUUUUGCAGGUUCAGAGUAUUUUCUUUUGUCUGCCAUGUCCUAUGACAGAUAUGUAUCUAUAUGUAAACCUCUGCAAUAUCCGAUGAUCAUGAGAAAAAUGACUGUCAGUAUGCUUCUUGUUUUAUGUUGGCUUCUGCCCGCUUGUCAGACAACAGUGCCUGUUGUGAUGAGUGCUAAUACCAAUCUCUGUAUUUUUGCUCUAAAAGGAAUAAGUUGUAACAGCUUUGUUUUCAAACUCCAGUGUGUCACUUCCCGAUUAGUACAUAUAUAUGGCUUGGUAGGUAUGAUAGCGGUUAUAAUUUGUCCUGUGCUUUUCAUAUGUUUUACAUACACCAGGAUAUUUGUGAUAACCUAUCGAAGUUGUAGAGAAGUCAGGAAAAAAGCUGCACAGACCUGUUUACCUCACCUGCUGGUUUUAUUUCACUUCUCCUCUUUGAGUGCUUUUGAUAUACUUCUGGCUCGGACGGAAGUAAAAUUUCCAGAACUCAUACGUCUAAUUAUAGCAUUGCAAGCAAUUUUGUUUCACCCUCUUUUUAAUCCAGUUAUAUAUGGACUGAAAAUGAAAGAAAUUCAUAAACAUAUCAAGAGCUUGUUCAGCAGAAAUGUGUAA